AUGAAGUACGGCGCAAACAUAGAUGUGACAUCAAAGACUGAGCAGACUCUUGUAACAUCAGCCAUCGAGUACAAUAAUCACGCUGUCUUGAAGUUGCUGCUGACACGGUGGUUCGAGUACAACGAGUGCCCGAGACUCGAGGGGUCGAACUUGCCUGAGAUAAUGACUCAGUACGCCGAUACUCGAACAAUGCAAAUACUGGCAGCCACAGAGCACUUUUUUGCCCGGAAAGAUGACUCAUAUGUUAUUUUCCGAUAUUCUUGGGUCAUGUAG